GAUUUUACAUUUACAUAAAGGCGAAAGUUCUCUGCUUCCAAUCAAGCAGCGGCAAGUGCCGCGUGCGGUUCGUGCGAUCGUGCGCUGCGAUCGCCCUGCAGGCCCCAUCGUCCUUCCCCAUCAGUUCCCCAAAAGCAUGCACGCUCCUACACAGAUACUAAACAUAGUAAACACAGUCAUCGGUUGGGAGCACUCGGGCUUCGGGCAAAGCUCGGCGAGUUGCCUGCUGGAGUUGCUGGCCACCCUGGCAGGGCAGAUAGGAGCGAGGCGCUCCCAACCUUCGUUGUUGGCGCUUCCGGGCCAUAUUACAGUUCGUCAGGACCCAAGACAGCCAGGACAACGGCUCGCCCCUUAAGGAAGCACUCGCUCGAGGGUGAGGAAUACGGACGUCAGGCCACCUGACCGCAUUGAACGAAGCUUGAAUAACAAGGGUAGCGACGCCAUAGCUUCGGCGUGUAGCUGCCAGCAAGGCUCGAGCUUGCUCAGACGCCUCGCCAUCGGGUCGUUUACCGAUGCUCGGAGCUGUCUCAAACUUCCAAUUAUAACAGCAGUUGGUCCAGCGCGGCCACAUAAGUUGGCGAGUUGGUUCAUGGUCACCAAAUUAGGCAGCGAGGUCUCUUCCCUACAGCUCUGGCAAGAUAUGGUGUGACAUAAUAGGACAUCGGGUCCCCAAGCUCUCCAUAGCUCUGGUUCCGAGCUCAGGGUAACAGCUGUGCGGCGGCAUGGCAACAAUUACUGCACAUGUUGGAGUGGUCCCGCCCGGCACCGCUGCUGCCAUGGCCAAAGCCGGGGUGCCGCAAGCCUCAAUGGUGGAUACGACCCAAAACGGCAGCGACAAUCCGCCACCUGCUUCACUCGCGGCACGCGACGACGCAGCCGACCCGGAGCUUACCUCUCCAGCUGCCGAGUGCUGGCAUGCGCCUGCGGAGGCAGCAGCGGCCGGCGGCGAACAGCCCACGGCCUCGCCUCUGCAGCAGGGGGGCCCGCGCAGCCAGGCUGCCGCCGGCGCACGUGGAGCUGCACUCGCUGAGCCCCUCAGCGGCCCCAUGAUGGGUCUGCCGCAUGACGGGCACUUCAGCAGCAUCUACUCAGCCGCGCCAGAGGCGGAGGAAUGUGCGACGGCGAACGCCAAGACGUUGUACGGUUCCAGGCAGUUGGAUUGCAUGGAGCCCGAUGUGCUGUACAUGCCGUUGGACGGGGGCGCGGGCAAGCACAAGAAGCUGGUGCGGCUGUCACGCUGCAAGGCGGAGCGGCAUGGCGUGCGCAUGGACAAAGUUGGAGAGGAAGUCGAGGCGCUGCUGGCUGCGCUGCGGGCCGACCAGGAGCCGCGCGAGGUGCUGGGCGUCGCCGACAUCCCCGCCGGGGACUGCCACCCCUGCCAAAACAACCCAGUGGUGCGGCGCAUGCCGGGCACGGCCCAGCAGCGCAAGCUAGUGGUGACGGCGGAGGACGGGCUGGACCGCGGCCGCUUCCUAGGCACCUACUUUGGGCACCUGGAGACUGCGGAGCAAUCGAAUGCGCGCAUGCAGCACGACUACAGCGGCAGCCUGCAGCUAGAAUACGCAUACGAGUUCUCGUGCGUCGUGCUGCAGGUGCAGGACGAGGACGGCGAGCCGGAGCCGGAGCGGGACCUGGUCCUGCAGGGCGACAAGCGGCGCUGCCUGAUGGCCAUGGCCAACGACUGCACUGGCUGGGGAACCUGUGACGCCAUCUACGGGGAGGGAGGGCCCCCGCAGCGUGAGUGCAACUGUCACGAGUACAAGCAGCGGGCCGCCAACGCCGCUGACGUGCAGUGCCUGGUGAAAGUCAAGCUGCCCGGUGCGGACGGCGCCGCCGGCGUGAGGUACGCCUACAUGCCUUGCCUGGUGUUCUUCACGACGCAGCCACGACGCCUGCCGCGCGGCAGCGAGAUUGUGCUGGACUGGGGCGCGCACACGUUCUUCCAGCUGAUUUUCCAUGCGGCCAGGAAGAAUGCCUUCUACAAGGCUGUGGAGGGCAGCCGCCUGGAGCACGGAGCGGCGCUGGCGGCGGCGCAGGCAAGCGUGGCGGCGCUGGAGCACGAGAACCGCGACUUGCGUUCAAAGCUGCUGGAGCAGCUGCAGCGCAGCUCCAGGCAGCAGCAGACUGCCGGCGGUGCCAGUGGCAGCGCCGCCGGCCCCUCGGCGCCGCCAACCCCUGCAGAGCUUCAACAUCGGCGCAUAGCCGAGCUACAAGUGCACAACGCGAGGCUGCAGCGCCAAGUGGAGGCGCUGCAGGCCCACGCGGCCGAGGUGGGCCGACAGCGCGCGGCGCAGGAGGUCCGCAUCAGCGUGGAGCAGGCGCGCGAGGAUCUGGUGCGGUCUCUGGAGGUUGAGCUGCGCUCUGCACGCUGGAAGGUGGCGCAGCUGCAGGACCUCCUAGCCGAGCAGCAGCAGCGGCAGCAGCAGAAACCAGGCCAGGGCGGCCGCCGGCAGCACCCGCGCCCCGGGCGGGCGUCCAAGCGCGGCGCCGCCGGCAGCGUGAGCGAAGAGGAGGAGGCCAGUGACACCAGCGAACGCGCUGAUGCCAGCAGCAGCAGUGAGGACGACGGUCGCGGUGGCGGCGUCGGCGGCAGCGGCAGCGACGCGGACCCGCCCUACUCGCCGCCGCGCAGAGGUCGCCUUGCGGCGAAACUCGCCGGCAGGGCUUCAGGCCGCGGUCGCCGGCUGCGGGGAGGGCACGGCCGGGCCCAGGCAGCCGAAGGGGAAGCCGCAGGUGGCAGCAGCGGCAGCAGUGGUGACGACGCACCUCACGCGACUGCACCCCGCCGAUCGCACCGGCUGACACGAGCGCGCGCCGUUGCGGAUGGCAAAGCAGCUGCUCACAUGCGCGGCACCACAGCCACAGCCGCGCCGCCUGCGGCUGCGGCGGAUGGCGAUCAGGCAGGGCGGGGCACGCAGCAGGGGGCCGCGCAGCAGCCGCAACCGACGUUGGCGGUGCUUGCAGCGGCGCCGGCCGCAGGUGCAGCGGGGCUUCAAAUUAAAAUACGCACGCGCCCUGCAGUCGCUGCGGCGCAACCGCGCGCGGUGCAGGCUGCGGUGCCAAGACCGGAUGUUCAGCAGGCGGCCGUGCCGGCGAUUGCCUCAGGCGCAGGGGCACACCUGCCGCUGGCAGAGCUGCGGCGCGUGUUGUCCGCGGCGGCGGGGCCUGAGGCAGUGCACACCACGGGGCGCAGCCGCCAGCUCCACCCUCAGCUCACCGGUGCGGCGGCGGCGGCGGCUGCGGCAACAGCAGCCGACGAGGACGAGGGCAUGUCGGACAGCGGGGGCAUGCACCGGCGGCGCCGCUGGGCCGCGGCUGGCGGCAGCGGCGACUCCUUGUCGCUCCGUGCUGCUGGCGACGGCCUCGCCAGUGACAGGCUGGGCAGUGCCCGUAUCGACGAAGGUGGCGCUGGCGUUGGCGGUGCUGACAGGAACGACAACCCGCCGGGUGCGCGCCUGCUGCAGCCGCAGCCGCAGCCGCCGCGGCCGCCGCAGCGGCCAGUCGAGGGGUUGCUGCUGCCGCGCCGGAGCCCGGCGACCGGCGCCACCGCCGCCCGCAUGUCCACCGCCCGCAGCGCCAGCAUGACGUCCGGCGGGGCGCUGCUGGUCCCGGCGGCGGGUGGCUCACGGGGCCGGGCGACGGAGGUGAACACCCGUGGCAACAGCAGCCAGCGCGAGCCCUCCGUCAGCGACUGGCUGCUGCUGGGCCGGCGACAACAGCAGGCCGAAGCCGCGGCUGCGCAUGCAGGGGGCGGCACCGGUGCCGGAGCCACCGCCGGUGGCAGCGGCGGCAGCGGUGGCGGUGGUCGUGGUGCUCUUGGCGGUGAUGGGGAUGAGGGCGCCUUCGCUGGUGGCGGCGCCGAAUUGGAGGACAUCACCAAUGACGCCUACGAGGCGUUUGAUUUCGUCCUGCCAGAGUUCCCGCAGGCCGGCGAGCAUAAGCGUGAGUCGCAGUCACCGCCACCGCAACCGCUACCGCAACUGCUACCGCCGCCGCUGCGGCAGCUGCAGCGGCUGCUGCAACGCUCUAGCGGUGGCGGCCUGCAGCAGGCGCAGCAGCAGGACCUGCGGCACACGGGCGGCGGCGGCCAGCAGCGGCUGGGCCAACAGGCGCCUGUUCGGAGCAGUUGCCUGGCGGCUGGCCUCGGCAGCGCACAGCAGAGAGCCGCCGCCGGUGGGGAGGCGGCUGCCGCUGCUGCGGCAGCCCCCUGCCGUGCUGAUGCGCCAGCUGGGCAUUCUCCCAUGCACAGCGAUGGUGGCGGUCUCGUAGCCGCUGGCGGCGCUGCUCGUGCUGCUGCUGGCCAUGCCGCCAGCGCGCAGUGCCACGGCGUCGGUGGCCCCGGCAACCCUGAUGUUCCCGGUGCCGGUGCUGGUGGCGAGGGCGAGGGCCAAGAGGAGGACGAGUUGGAGCACCUCCGCCGCGGCCGGUGCCGGCGCUCGUCAGCCUCCCUCCACCGGAGGCGGCUGCAGGUGUUUGAUGACGAGGAGGAGCCGGAGGCGGAGGAGCCGGAGGCGCAAGUGCUCGAGGCGGAGGCGGAGCCGGGGCCAGCGUCAGACCAGCCGGCGGAGUCGGAGUCGCAGUCGGAGUCUGAGUCGGAGUCUGAGACGGAGGGCUCGGACAUGGCAGAGGCGGAGGAGAACGACGAGGAGGAGGAGCCAGCGGUGAUGGACGCCGAGGCGGCGGCGGCGGCGGAGUCUGGUGGCGAGGAGGAGGAGGUGUCAAAAGAACGCGAGAAGUUGCCGCGGGCGGGUCACCCAGGCUCGCCGGCGAAACAACGGCUGGCAGAGCAGCAGCCCAGCAGGGCUGGCCUGAAGGCAGGCGAGGCGCCGGCGCCAGCGCCGGCGUCGGCCCGGGCGCCCCUUGCCAGCCUGCGGCUGCACGCCGCGCCCCCGGUGGCAGGCGCCGUCAUGCCUGCCUUCCAUGGCCGCCAUAUCCGCUUCGACUCUUCAAGUGGAGAUGAUGAGCCGGAGUCUGAUGCAUCCGAGUCCAGCGGCGAGGAGUCCACCGUGAGCGAUGACAGCGACGAGGACGAUGAUGCUGGAACCGGUGGUGGCAGCGGCGCUGGUCCUGGCGCCGCCACCAACGCUGGUGGUGCUCGGGAAGCGUCGCCAGUCUUGGCGCGCCACGGCGGCGGUGAUCUGCAGCCGGCAGCAGCCCAGGCAGAGGCGCUUGCCCCUGCUGGUCGCCUCGAUGCUGCGGUGGAGGCUACUGAGGAAACUGCAGAGGAGGAUGCGGCGUGGGCUGCGAAGGAGAAUGCGGAGGGGGCUGCCAUGAAGGCUGCUGCGGCGGCUGUUGCGGCUGCUGCUGUGGAGGAGGAUGCGGCAGAAGCGCUCGGCGCUGCUGCUGCCGCUGCUCCCGCCGCUGCUGCUGCCGCCCCCGCCGCAAGGCCUAACACGCCCUUGGUCGAUCUCGUGAGCUCAGACUCGGACGCAGACCCGCGCCCAGGACCGGGUGCUGAGACAGAAGUCAUCGUCAUCAGUGACUCGGAUGACGACGAAGAGGUCAACGCCGGGGACAGCGGCAACGGCGCCGCAGGGCCUGCGGCAGGGUCUGGGCUGGUACCGCCGCAACCACUAGCGCAGCUGCCCUGGGACCCCAGCGCUCGGCAACAGCAGCAGCCGUUGCAGGGGCGGCUGACGCCUCAAGCUACGGCGCCAGCCGCAGGACGAGGGGCGGCUGCACCGGCCCAACCUGCAGCGGGGAUGGACUGCGCUGCGGCAGCAGCGCCCCCGGCCGCGGCGCCGGCGCCGGUGUUGCCUGGGGUCUCCUCGGCCGCUGCCGCGGCGCGGAGGGCGGCGGAACGGGCGCAGGCAGCUUUCAGCGCAGCCAAGCCUGCCGCGGAUGCAGCUGCCUCGGUGGGAGCCGGUGCCAGCCUGCCGCUGCCAAGGCGGGGCCUGCACGACGGCACUGCCGGCAUGCCAGGCGCAGGCGUCAGCGCUGGCACAGCCGCAGGUGCAGGAGCGGGCACAAGCGCCAACGUGGGCGCGCGCAAAGGCGCAGGCAUGGGCACAGGCGAAGUCGAAGGCGCAGACGCAGGCGGAGACGCAGGCACCGGCGUGGCCGCAGGCGGCUUGCCCCGCAGGAAGCGCUCCGCCCCUGGCGCGGCUGGCAGCAGCGGUGGUGGCUCCGGUGAGAAGCCCAGCGGCGACGACGGCAAGGAGCGCAAGAAGCGCAAGACCGCCAUCGACGCCCGCGGCACCCGCAAUGGCAACGGUAAGGCAACGCCUGCUCAGCGGGGCCUUCACGCUGGGGCUGGUGGUGGGGCUGCUGGCAAUGCGGCAGCUGGUGCCGCCGCGGGCACGGCUGCAGCUGCGGGUGCGGCUGCGGCUGGCUGGGCUGGGUCGCACACUGAUGGUCAGGCGGCAGCUGCCGUUCCCACUAUGCGCGUGGGUCGCGCCGUGGCCACCGCAACUGGUCGCAUGGCGGGCGCAGCUGCAGCUUCAGCCGCAGCCGCAGCCGCAGCGCCAGCCGCAGCGCAGGCCCUGGCCCCAGCCUCAGCCACGGCCACGGCCAAGGCCACGGCUGCUACCGCGCCCAGGACCGGCAGUCCGGCCGCGAUGCCUCCGCCGACGCCAGCGGGUGGCGCAGGUCGUGGCCACAACGUCAAUAAGCGGCCCCGCGCCCCGCCAUCGCCCAGCAAUCCUGCUGUACGGCAGGCCGCUGCUGCUGCUGAUGCUGCUGCUGUGGCAGGGCCCAGCGCCGCCGCAGCAGCAGCCGCGGCCACCUUUGCUGGCGCUAGCAGGAGCGCUGGUGAACGGGUGCUGCCAGGGGCGCGGGCAGCCUGGCAUGGUGGCUCUGGUAUGGCACCGCCGCAAACUGCACCAUCAACACCACUUGCGGCGGUGGCGGCAGCGGCUAGAGCACCAGCAGCGUCGCCUGCAGCCGCAGCGCUGGUGGCGGCGCCGCCUCGGGUUCGGCCGGCCACCAGUUCGGCGUUCAGCUAUGACGUGCAGCGGGCGCGGGGCGCAGUGGGGAAACUGGUUGGACUCCUGGACAGCGGCUCGUCGGACACAGACUCAUAUUGAGGCCGGCAUCCAGGACGGCCUGUUGGGAUGCUGAGGCCAUUCAUCAAGCGAAUGUGUUGCACACUAGGACAUGCAAGAUGCGUGACGGAGGACUGCGGGAUGCACAAGUAUUCAUGGGUGGUUGAGGUGCGGGCCUUUGCGCUCGGUUGUGGUGAUUGCAGGAUUUAAGCUUGUGGUAUUGUGAUUAUAUGGACAGUCCGUUUGGGAACUAGUUACAGAGGGGAAGUACGUUCCCAAGUAGGAAUGACUACACGGCUGGGAGGUCGCCCGGACACGCUCGAAUUUGCACGUCUGUGGUGCAGCCGGCGCAUGCACAUUCUCAUGCCUGUGCCAUAAGGUAUGUACGGCUUUGCUUGAAACAUAGGCUGAAUUCGCUGACAAUGACAGCAAGUUUGACUCGCCGUCUCGGAGCACAUUGUAAGGCUUGGCUACG